AUGCCUGAGGCCAAGCCCCUGAGCUCCUCCUGCCUGGUGCUUUCCCUGCUCUCCGCGCACUGGGCUUGGCUCCAGCUGGGCCAGGCUUUCCCCAGCACCGCCGACUACCUGCAGCGGGGCUGGCAGCGGCUGCUGGAGGAAGGGGAAGGUUGCGCCGAGUGCCGGCCGGACGAGUGCCCGGAGCCGCGCGGGUGCCUGGCCGGCACGGUGCGGGACGCCUGCGACUGCUGCUGGGAGUGCGCCAACCUGGAGGGGCAGAUCUGCGACCUGGACAACACCAACCACUUCUACGGCAAGUGCGGGGAGCACCUGGAGUGCCGGCUGGACGCCGGCGACCUGCGGCACGGCGAGGUGCCCGAGCCCCAGUGCGCCUGCCUCUCGCACCGAGCCCUCUGCGGCUCCGACGGCAGGACCUACCCCCAGCUCUGCCGCUUCCUGGAGGCCGCCCGCGCCCGUCCCGAUGCCAACCUCACCGUGGCCCACGAGGGUCCCUGCGAGGCAGAGCCCCAGAUCACCUCCCCCCCCUACGACGCCUGGAACGUCACCGGCCAGGACGUCAUCUUCGGCUGCGAGGUCUUCGCCUACCCCAUGGCCUCCAUCGAGUGGAGGAAGGACGGCACCGAGAUGCUGCUGCCGGGAGAUGACCCCCACAUCUCUGUCCAGUUCAGAGGCGGUCCCCAGAGGUACGAAGUGACCGGCUGGCUGCAGAUCCAGGGCGUGCGGGUGACAGACGAGGGCACCUACCGCUGCUUCGCCAGGAACAAGGUCGGGGAGGUGGUGGCGUUCGCCAGCCUGACCGUCUUCACGCCGGACCAGCUCAACCUGACGGGCUCGUCCCUGCCGAAGCCUCGCAUGGUGCCCGAGGACUACGGGGACAGCGAGGAGGACUACUACUAG